AUGAUCUGCGAAUUUGGGAAAGUACGAGAGCAACAGGACAGCAAGGUUGCCAUCCCCACACCAGGCCUCUUCGACUCAUUGCUACCAUGUGUUUGGAGCAUGCUGAUGCUGGAAACUGGACCAAUAAGUGAGGUUACGUUCCUGUAUAACAUUCACUGUAGUACACCGGAGCUAAUGAUCGGAGACAACACAUAUCACCGGGAUAAAGUCGACUCGACCAGUUCGACACCGAUAAUAACGCCACGUGCACAGUCAGUAGAUGUUCAGUUCUGUGGCGGAUCCCUCACAAUUGUUCCUCCAGGAAUGAUAGAGGACAUAACACCACCAAACGAGUUGAUGGGCGUUCGGGAUGAGAGGGCGAGGGCAAGGGCAAGGACAAAUCCAAUGAAGAUAUUUCGGAUUCUGACAGAAGAAGGUCGAGGGCUCCCAGCCCUCUAUCUCUUCCCUCAUCACACUGUCUCAUAA